UAUGAAUAACUUUUGAUUGGCGCUUGAGUUGUAAGCCACUUUGUUCCUCCUAAAUCCUGAUCCGCUUAUUCCUUGUCUAAAUCUCUUGUAUUAAACCCUACACCCCUACCCAACCCACCUCGCCGGUUCAACCCCAGGUAGGAUACAGGAAGAGGCGAAAUUCGACACGAAUCAUGUUGGAUGAAGGAAGAGUGCACCCGGAUUGCCGGAAUGCAUCCAAUCCCUACCAUGAAUGCAGCGAGUUUUGCUUCAAAGUUAUUGCUGAAACCAAAGCUCGGUUGGAUCAAACUCGAUCAGAAUCUGUACAAGUUAGUGGCGGUAGUGGCAAAUCAAAAGUGGAGACUGCUCAACAAGAGGAAGAUCUAGACAGACCAUCCGAGGCUGAUGAACAUGCUGGUGAUGGAGAUGAACCUCCUGUUGAUGAGGAGGAGGAAAAUCUGGAAGGAGACUUCACAAAGUUCACAGGGAGGAAGAAAAGGUUGUGGGAGUUAAGGAUGAAGAUGAAUAAGGCUAGAAAAGCAAAUCAAACAGAUAUUGCAGCUGAAAAGAAAAGGAUGGAACCUCCCCAAGAAUCAAGGGGCAUUUCUAAACAGAAAUGGCUUGAAGAGAGGAAAAAAAGAAUUGGGAAACUUCUUGAUGCAAAUGGUUUGGAUAUGAAAAGCGCUUACAUGCUAGAUACACAAGAGAUGGCAGAGGCAAAGUACAAGAAAUGGGAAAAGGAUCCUGCUCCAUAUGGCUGGGAUGUUUUUAAUCAGAAAACAUUGUAUGAUGCAUACAAAAAGCGAACAAAAAAUAUCGACAUUGACUUGGAAGAAUACAAUAGGAUGAAAGAAGAAGAUCCGGAGUUCUAUCGUGAAGCUUCCAGCCUUCAGUAUGGGAAGGCUCCAAAGGUCUCAGAGGAUAAAAUUGACAAGAUGGUUAAGGAACUAAAGGACCAGGAAGAGAAGAAACAGAAAUUCAGCAGAAGGAGGAGGUUUCAUGAUGAGAAGGAUAUUGACUCAAUCAAUGACCGUAACGAGCAUUUUAACAAGAAGAUUGAGCGAGCCUUUGGUAAAUAUACAUUGGAAAUCAAGAACAAUCUUGAGCGAGGAACUGCACUGCCUGACUAAGGUAAACUGCAUCAUCUCUUGUAUUAUGAUGUUUUGUACUUGAGAAAGUCGACUGGCUUGAUCAGUGUGCUAAUUUUCUCCAAGUGCUGCCAAAUUUGAUGUUGGUGAAUUGUAAUAAUACAUGUACGAAUUUAUGGUCAAGCGUUUCUUUUCUUCUAUUCAGAUCUGUGGCAUUCCAUGUG